GAAUGAUCAGAUAACCUAGGAACAAGUGUGAGUGUCGGCGAUGUUUCCAUUGCAUUUUACAGAAAUUUUCACAGAAUGCUUGAAGGACGACAAUGCUACCCUAGAGUCGGAUUCUAAAGCCCUUCAGAUGCUGGUACCUUCAUCCACUAUGAUCUCAUUUCGUUCGAAAUCAGCAUGCAUCUACAGAGAUGGCGCCGAUUACAUCCCGUUCAGCUUCCCUUGGGAAGACCGUAUUAGAUCCUAUUAGUGAGGUUACAGGUUGAUGGAGGGCCUUGCAAAGCACAGUGAGGGGUCUUCAUUUAGAGUCUCCAAUCGAGGCACCCCACUUCCACCACUUCCGAAAAUCCAAGUGAAAUCGCAAAAUCCAAUAUCAAAACCUCCUGCAGAACAAUCUCGUCCACAUUCGCCACCGGGAGGAGGGGAUUCGUUGUCACAGGAUCGACGACACACCGGCGGCGGCCCUCCAAAGCUGCAGAACCGCUCGCCGAAACCAACUGAACGACCCCGCCGUGAUGGUCCUUCAAGGGCACCUUCUCAAGCUGACACUCCCAAAUCACCUCAUCAAUUUCGCGGCCCUGCAUUUUCUGCAGCUGGAAAAGCCAAAUCACCUGAUAGACUUCGCGGCGGCGGCGGCCCCAGCCUUGUUCCAGAUGCUACUCCAAAAUCACCGAAUUCACCUGCUGGAGCUAGGCCCCGAACUCCGAAGUCUCCGAAAUCCCCUGUCCGCUCUCCGAAGACGCCCUCGUUUGUUCCGCCAGACGUCAUCACCCCAGUUUUCCCAGCCUCGAAGGAUGACAUGAUCGGGGCUCAAACCAGCGUGACAACCGGCCUCACGUAUCCUUACAACGCGUGGGGUCCUGUUACCAAAUACGGCUACCUGGACAACAUACCCCCGACAUGGGCUCAAAAACAUCACUUCGAAGGAAAGCAUGACAAACUCGCGAAAAAGAGGCUACAAAGACGAAAUUUCAGUUUCGUCCGUCACCCGGCGUACAAGGAGCUGAUUGAGCCGGAGCACAAGGCGUGCACCUCGUACCUAGAUCCCAAGCGGAAGGAGUUUUGGAGGACGGACGUUUCAAACGUUCUCAAACGAGAAAUGCAAGUAGAAAAAGACAGAUACAAAAGGCUUCUAGAAUUCAUGGGGAACGAGGAGGAGUUCCGCAAGGGCGAGCUCCAAAGGGACAGGGACGACCGAUGGCAGGCGUUCCUCGACUACGACAAAAACGUGAAGCUGUACCCGGGCUUCCGCAACAAUCAAUCCGGGGUGAAGUACGACAUCUUCACGCACGCGCCCACCGAUGAGUACGAAGAAAAGCGAGUGAACGCCGAGAAGAUGAAAGCCCAGUACAUGCUAGCGAAGCGGGGACUGUACAUCCAGGAACGAAUGAGCGGGGCCCGCCCCUACGACAUCCUCAGCUGGCGCAAGCUGCCGCCAUGCCGCGAUUUGCCGCCAUGGCCGCAAGACAUCGGCCCCCCGCCCGACGCCCGGGGGGGCGAAGGGGUCAUCCCCCUCAACGCCUCCAAGGGCGCCCUUUCUCUGGCGCACCCGUUCGGCCCCUUCGCCACGCUCUCCGCCCCAUACCCGUGCUAGCUCACGCUCUCUCGCUUUUGCACUCGCUGUUAUUAGAUUUAAAAAAAAAAUUAAAAUGAAUUGAGAGAGUGUUCGGUUUAAUGACCUUUCCCUUUCCCCUAUAGACAAUUUUUACUUGGGAAUUUUUCUCCACUGACGUGACUUUCCUUAUUAUAGGAUCUUCUAAGUCCACUAUUAAAUGUGCUUUUAAGUUUUACAUUGCUUCUUAGUUUGGAUUUGAUAUGCUUCAAUUUGGCCACAUUGUUGACUUGGGUAUAGUUGCUUUGAAAACAAGCUUGUCAACUGAUGGAAGAUUUUUUAUGCA